UGGUAGCUAACGUUAGCUUAAUGCUGCAGGGCUAGUUAAGGGGAGGUGUGUUUGGUAGCUAACGUUAGCUUAAUGCUGCAGGGUUAGUUAAGGGGAGGUGUGUGGUAGCUAACGUUAGCUUAAUGCUGCAGGGCUAGUUAAGGGGAGGUGUGUUUGGUAGCUAACGUUAGCUUAAUGCUGCAGGGCUAGUUAAGGGGAGGUGUGUUUGGUAGCUAACGUUAGCUUAAUGCUGCAGGGUUAGUUAAGGUGAGGUGUGUUUGGUAGCUAACGUUAGCUUAAUGCUGCAGGGCUAGUUAAGGGGAGGUGUGUGUUUUGAUGCCGCUCUGUGCAGCAGGUGGCGGUAAUGAACCCUGUAGCGUUCCGCCUUUAAAGAAGAAGAGCAACAAGUGGCUCUUGAUGGUCGGGACGGUGAUGGUUAAUUCUUUGGGAACCUUGUUUGGUUUCAGUUUCUAACUGUACUACACAGUGAAGGUUCUCAUUCUCAGUGUAAACAAGUUGAACUUUCUUUCUGUUAUCGGGGAUUAAACAUGGCGAUAGCGAACGUAGCUACAGAGUAUGUGUUCACAGACUUCUUACUGAAAGAGCCGAGCACAGAGGGGAAGUAUAAGGGCGCGCGCCUGGACCUGGCUCUGGACAAGCUGGUUCUGUGUAUUGCAGUCGGAAUGCCGCUGUUGCUCAUCUCUCUGGCCUUCGCUCAGGAGGUCUCAGUCGGUACUCAGAUCAGCUGUUUCUCUCCCAUGAACUUCUCCUGGCGGCAGGCCGCGUUUGUGGACGCCUACUGCUGGGCAGAUGUACAGAAACAGGACACGGGGGGACUUCCACUCUCAAUGCAUAAGUUUUUCCCCUACAUCCUCUUAUUCGUAGCCAUGCUGGUGUACCUCCCAGCCUUGUUUUGGCGAUUCACGGUGACUCCUGGUCUCUCCUCUGAUCUGACCUUCAUCAUGGACGAGCUGGACCGCUCUUACAACAGCGCUAUCAAACUGGCCAAACGUCUCCAUGGCAAAUCCACACACCCCGACACGCACAGCUCUAUGCCAGACCUGACAGACAAGUGUUUUAAGUACCCGUUGGUGGAACAGUAUCUGAAGACCAAACGUCUCUCCUGCGGCCUGCUGCUGCGCUACAUGCUGUGCCGAGGCUUCACCUUCUUGGCUCUGGUCCUGGCCUGUGUCUACCUGUGUUACUACAUCCGUCUGUCUGUAACAGACGAGUUUCAGUGUAAUAUCCGCUCAGGUGUGCUGUUUAACGACUCGUCCGUGCCUGGAGCCCUGCAGUGCAAGUUAGUAGCUGUGGGUGUGUUCCAGCUCCUCAGCUGCAUCAACCUUGUUGUGUACUUUCUGCUGGCACCCACAUGUGUGUACGCCAUGUUGGUUCCCCUGAGGAUCUCAUCUGGUUUCCUGAAACCUUACGAGAUGCUGCCCACGCUUGGGAUGAUGGAGUUUGGACCCAGAGCUUGGGAUGAUCUGUCGAUGUACCUGCUGUUUCUGGAAGAGAACCUGAGUGAACUGAAAAGCUACAAGUGCGUGAAGGUAUUAGAGCUCCUGAAGGAGUCUGGAGAGGUGCAGUUUGACACCCUGGUCCUGCUGCAGGCCCUGGGUCAGGUUAAAACAGACAUAGUGGAUGGGAGACAGCCGAAGAACUCACAGACAGACCUGGAGAAGACUGAGGGAAACUGUGUAGAGAUGAAAGAAGCCUCUCCUCUGCUGACUGAGGACAGAGUCGGAAUGUCUCGAGAUGACACAGCUGUGCGCCAGAGAGUCACAUGAUGUGCCACAGAGUCACAUGAUGCUCCAGCGUCACAUGAUGGCAGUGUGGGUAAAUGCAAAUGUGAUGCCUGAUGAGACUUCAUGCAUUGUGGUCUGGGAGACAGACACUGAAUGUGGUAUGUGUGUGUGUAUGUGCUUGUGUGUGGAGUUCAGAAAUGCAAUUUGUUCAAAAGAUUUGUAUGAACUGAUAUCAUGAUCGCUGUUAUAUGCCAUGUUUACCUCAUUUUUUGUAAACAGUGAUAAUAUGCUAAGGUAUGAAUGAGGUGUGUAUAUAUAUGGUACGUAUGUUUAUAGUACAUGACGGUACACCAGUUAUCUUAUCUGGAACUGCGGAACUGACAUACGGAAUAGCUCCUACACAGGUUACUUGGGGAUGUAGACAAGUUUUGAGUUAUUUACACACUAUAGAAUUUCAUUUAAUACUGUUUUUUUUUUCCAAAUCAUGUUAAACAGAAUUUCACAGCAUCAGAAAUGUAGAUUAACUAUAUAGACCUCAGUAUACGAUUACCGAACAACCCAAUAUCACGGUUUUCAGUAACUCAAGUGUCUCACCCUACCUCCACUUAAAAAAAAUAACUUAUUUUUUCAUUAUAUGUAUAAGUCAACUAGUGUGUUUUGACAGAUUUUAGUGUCAGUGUUUUCUAUAACUUGAAUAUUCUCUGUGGUACGUUAUUAUUGUUUGGGAGUUUUCUCUAAUGUUAGCAUGCUAGUUUUGUUUUUCAGGGAAAAUCCUUUAAAGCUGUCUGGCUAGCUAAUAUUUUUAGGAUGUUCUUCAUUUUCUAAUUUUGUGGUUAAAAAUAAACUGAAGCUUAGGUGCAUAUUGGUAGUGAGCAAAGUGCUAGGCUGCUGUUGGGAAAGUGUAAUGCAAGUGAUGGGGAUAUUUCAGAGAUCAAACUCCCAUCAUGUUGAGAAAAUUAAUAGUAUUCUGUGCAAAAGUUCAUGUUGUAAAAAUGUAAUAUAUGAAUUUUCAGCAUAGAGUGUACGGUAUCUCUGUAAACAUCAUCAUGAGACGCAUCCAAGUAUUGCAGUCUUAUUUUAAAGACAAUUAUAAAUGCCAAAAAAAAUCAUGUCUUUUUUUCGUUUUUUGUUAAAUGGUAUAUGUGGCAAAAAUAAUGUUCUUGUGAUGUCAUUAUCCAUAUUGGUAUAGAAUAAAAUAAUGGUGUUCAUGCUAUUAUUAUUUCAGAUCAUUAUGCUCUACUGUUAAACAUGUAACAUGUCAGACUCCUACUAUACCCUGAUACUCUUUGUUGUCUGUUCAGACAGUCAGUUUUUGGAAUAUCUGACUAAAAUUGAUCUGAUGAGGACUUAAUCUUCUUGGUUUUAUUAAUUGCGGUUCUGUAUAACAGAUAGCACAAGCACUUAAAGCUACUAUAAACCGAUAUGAGGUAAUUUUCUUAAUUUUCUAUGAUCAUGAAGCUUCUGGGUUUUAUUUUAGUCGUUUGCUUUGUAAUUCUAGUAAUCUGUAGUCAUAUUUGAUGUCUAGUUUCAUGUCUGACGGUACUGACAGGAUUUCAGUAAUGAGAACUGGACAAUGUUUGAAUUUAUUUUGCUUAGUUUAUUUAGUUUGCUGCCUAUUGUGGACGGUUUUGGUUUUAUGUUAUUUUUAUGAAUGCUUCUGCAUGCAUGCAUGUGCAUUUGUUUAAAAAAGAUGCAGGAUUCAUCUUUAUUGUUAGUAAUAAAAUUUGUUGAUUUUCA